CAAUAGAAGAAGAAAUCUGGAGCUUCCUUUUGUGAUUUCAGAUAAAAUUUGCGGAUAAGAUCGGACCAACAAAUGCCCAUGUCCUACAUGCUGAUUCUAACUCUGCAACCAUGCAACUAUUCUCUCCUCACACUAAACAGGAAAAAUUUCCUUGAGGCAGCAGUAAACUUCUGCGGGAUAUAUAAAUAGAGGCAAUUAUAUUGCUAUCUUCAUAAGCAGCAGUAAAAUUAAGAAUUGGAAAAGAAAAAUAUGGGAGAAUUUGGAAAUGAGGUAGCCAAUUCUAUCAUUUUUGAGAAAAAGAAGAACGGAACAAGUUCGAGCAAGUCGAAGAUUUUUGCAUCUUCCACCAUGGAAUCUCAUCUACAUGAAAACCAAGCUCCUCUUGUUUCAGCUACGGCGAAUUCUCCACGUCAAUCUCGCUGCACUGCCUGCUGGGGAAGUACGAGUUGCCACAUUGUUCGCUCAAGAACAAAACUGAUGAAUAUUUUGAUUGAGAGGAAAAAGCCACAAGAGGUCCACUCAAUUCUCAAGGGUCUUACCGAAGAAGGACAUCGGCCAACUCUUGUGACAUAUACAACUGUUUUGGCUGCCUUGACUCUCCAGAAACGUUUCAAGUCUAUUCCGUUGCUUCUCUCUAAAUUGGAGCAAAAUGGACUAAAACCCGACUCCAUAUUCUUCAAUGCCAUGAUAAAUGCUUUUUCAGAAUCCGGAAAUGUUAAGGAGGCAAUGAAAGUGUUCCAGAAAAUGAGGGAGAAAGGAUGUAAGCCCACAACCAGCACUUAUAAUACAUUGAUUAAAGGGUUUGGAAUCAUUGGUAAGCCUGAAGAAUCUCUCAAACUGUUGGAAAUUAUGUCUCUUGAAGAGAAUGUGAAACCUAAUGACAGAACAUAUAAUAUUCUGGUUAGAGCUUGGUGUAACAAAAACAAAAUUGCAGAAGCUUGGAAUGUGGUUCACAGAAUGGUUGCAGCUGGUGUAAAACCUGAUGUUGUUACUUACAAUACUAUAGCAACGGCUUAUGCUCGGAACAAGGAGACUGCUAGAGCUGAAGCAAUGAUUUUUCAAAUGCAAAAUCACAAAGUGGCACCAAAUCAUCGAACAAGUGGUAUUAUCGUGGAUGGGUACUGUAAAGAGGGUAAUAUGACAGAAGCAUUAAGGUUUGUUUACAGGAUGAAGGAUCUUGGUGUACAUCCUAAUCUAGUAAUAUUCAACUCUCUUAUCAAAGGCUUUCUCGACAUCACUGAUACUAAUGGGGUUGAUGAGACACUUACAUUGAUGGAAGAGUUUGGAGUGAAACCAGAUGUGAUAACAUUUAGUACUAUCAUGAAUGCAUGGAGUUCAGCUGGACUUAUGGAUAAAUGCCAAGAGAUAUUUGAUGACAUGAUUAAGGCCGGUAUAGAACCUGAUAGCCACGCAUUCAGCAUUCUUGCUAAAGGCUAUGUGCGUGCUGGAGAACCUGAAAAUGCUGAAGCGCUCUUGAAAGUUAUGGCUUCAUCAGGUGUACAUCCAAAUGUUGUAAUGUUCACGACAAUUAUCAGUGGAUGGUGCAGCGCUGGAAAAAUGGAGUAUGCUCUGAGGGUAUUUGAAACGAUGUCCAAAAUGGAUGUUUCCCCAAACUUGAAAACCUUUGAGACCCUCAUAUGGGGUUAUGGAGAAGCAAAACAACCAUGGAAAGCUGAAGAGUUCCUCCAAAUUAUGGAAAAGAUGGGAGUGCCUCCCACGAAUAAUACUUUUCAGCUUGUUGCAGAUGCAUGGCGCGCUAUUGGCUUCCUUAACGAGGCCAAGAAAAUCUCUGAAGUGGAACAUGAUGAGAGGCCAAUCUUGAAUGCUCUGGAGGAUAAGCGACCAGAAGAUAACUUUGAACCAGUUUAUUCUAAAGAGAAACAAAAUGGUUUUCUCUCGAGCCUUAAGCCAGUAACCAAAGAAAAUGGGUCGAGCAUUGUCAACAAAAGAAGCCCAAUGGUGCUGAACAGAUCCAAGUCCUUUUCAGGAAGCCUAAACGUGGCAACUAAAUCAAUGUUGGUUCCCCACACCUGUGGAUUCAAGGUGAUAUCUUUGACGAUAUUACACAAGCAGUGUCAAGUUCAGCUAGGAGUAUGUGGUUUUGUGAAUUCAUGUAGAAUAAUGGUGGCCUGAAAUUAUCAAACUUCAGGUUCAGACCAUUAAGGGAGGCCUCUUUGAAUUCAAUACGUACAUCAAAUUAUAGCCUUUUUCAUCAGGAUGACAUACGCAAAGGCCUGCAAUUGUAAAAUUGUAUCAUUUUAGAUGGCGUCUUUCUUGAACAUGUAUGUACAAUGUUAUCUUAUUAAAAAUGUAUACGACUAUGAAAUGUAUAUUCUUUAAGAUGAAAUUAAAUGAUGUUCAUGUCAA